AUGCCUACAUGCCGGCAUCUCCCGCGCACGGCUUCCGGGCUCCUCCCCGGCGAGCCCCUGCGGAAGCCUGACGAGGCUGCGGCCCCUCGACGCCCCGCCCGACGCAGGGGCAGCUCCCCGGACUCCUCCCCUACGGGAACCCAACGAGGCUCCCCGGACAAGGCUUUGACGCAGGGGCGGCUCCCCAGACUCCUCCCCUACCUGCAGGCAUCUCCUGCGCGCGGCUCCCCGGAUACCUCCCUGGCAAGCCUAACGAGACCGCAACCGCUCAACGCCCCGCCUGGCUGCCCAAACUCCUCCCGUCGUCUUACAAAAGAGAUGUUUGCAGUUACAAAAUUGUUAGAAUGGAACAAAACACAACUCUGCCUUACCACACAAAGGGAUGAAAACGGGAGUACGCCACUUCAUUUUGCCGCAGCUAUAAAGUUUAUGAUUCAAUUUGGGCCAUCAAGAAUUUGUCGCCAAGUAUUGGAAGCUAAUCCAGAUGCCCUAUAUCAACCAGACCAUGCCGGAUUUUUCCCCAUUCACGUUGCUGCCUCCGUAGGUGCUUUCAGGAACGUCGACAUGUUUGUUAAAAGAUGUCCUGGUAGCGCCGGUCUGCGCGAUGCUAAGGGAAGGACACUUCUUCAUGUAGCUGUCGAGAAAGAGAAGGUGGACAUAAUCGUUGCUACCUGCAGAAAACGAUCACUAUCAUGGAUUAUGAAUAUGGUAGACAACGAUGGGAAUACUGCACUUCACCUUGCUGUCAAUGCUGGGAACCUUCAGAUGUUUUGUCCUCUAUUGGCAAAUCCACAAAGUAUUGAAGCACAAAUACACCUCACAGUCACACAAGUCGGUGCUGUCAUGGGUGUGCGUCGCCAGGAUCACUUGCUGGAAGCAGACAACAUAACUCCAAGAGUAAACGCAGCAGCAUUUGAUGGAAGCAAAGAAACGGAGGUGCUGAAAGAGUCGACUGGAGCUCUGUGUAUUGGGUCAGUUCUAAUAGCAACUGUGACAUUUGGAGUAAUUUUUGCUGGGCCUGGAGGUUACAUAGCUGAUGAUCACAAUAAUGGAGGCUCACCAGUACUUGCUCGAAGGCAUGCUUUUGAUGCAUUCAUCUGGUCCAACACAUUCGCCUUCGUUUGUUCCACGGUUGCAACCAUUUCUCUCAUUCAGCCUGGAAACCCUUUAUUGAACCUUUGGAGCCGAAGAACGAACUUAGGCAUCGCCUCCUACUUCGUAUCCAUUUCAAUUACAUGCUUGGCUGCAGCCUUUGCACUUGCUGCGUAUGUGGUGCUAGCUCCGGUGGCUCAGAACACUGCACAUGGUAUAGCUAUCCUCACUUGUCUCGUAUUGCUAUAUAAUCAACUGGAGUUCAUUUCUACACGUCUUCUUCUACUACCACCCUUAUGUACGAGGAAGGGGCUAAUCCAGGCAUGCCUAUUUUCAGCACUUACUAUCAUGGGUGCUAUGCUAUUACAGUAUUGGCCCUUAAUAUUCAUCUUUCAGUUAGCAAACCUGUCUCCAAAAAUAGAAGCACCAGCAUCGGCACCAGUACCAGCACCAUUGGCAUCAACUUGA